CACCUAUGCGGUGAUGUAGAGGGGGGUUCGGGGUCCUUCUUUCCUCCUUUCCGCUGCACCGGCCAUCUUGUGAAAGACAGAGGUGAGCUUGCACCAUGACGAACACCAGAGGCAAGAGGAGGGGAACGCGGUACAUGUUCUCCCGGGCUUUCCGGAAACAUGGCCCCAUUCCGCUGUCCACUUACAUGCGCAUCUUCAAGAAAGGAGACAUUGUUGAUAUUAAGGGAACGGGCACCAUUCAGAAGGGAAUGCCUCACAAGUGCUACCACGGCAAAACUGGUCGCGUGUACAAUGUUACCCAGCAUGCUGUUGGCAUCAUUGUCAACAAGCAAGUCAAAGGUAAGAUCCUGGCCAAGAGGAUUAAUGUGCGCAUCGAGCACAUCAAGCACUCUAAGAGCCGAGACAGUUUCCUGCAGCGUGUCAAGGAGAAUGAGAAGAAGAAAAUUGAAGCCAAGAAAACAGGCACCUGGGUGGAGCUCAAGCGUCAGCCGGCAGCCCCUCGUCCUGCCCACUUUGUCCGCACCAAGAAUAAUCAACCACAGCUGCUGGAACCCAUCCCUUAUGAGUUCAUGGCCUAGAUGGUGACCAAUAAACACUUUGUAUUGCUCAA